GCCACGAUCACUGCGUGCUCUCAGAUGCUUCUAACGUGACACCCGAAUCUCGCAUAGACUGGGCAAAAAGAAGCGUUCAUUGCACCCUGACCAAUGCGCCCUCGGGAAUUCUCGCCCGUCACCGUGUAAGCUUCCUCAUCCUCCGAAGGCCAGACGACCCGGUCGCUCCCCAGAAGCCUCCUCACGGAUCACCUGUCGGAACGUAUCGCAGACUGAUCGAGUCAUACCGCCUGAUACAUUUAUACCGCGGGGAUCUCGCUGCUCAUCCUCCGCAACCAUGUCUGCUGCAUCUACCCCAUCCCCCACUUCUUCACGCUCCUCUUCUUUAUCGUCGGGGCAAGGGCCAUGCACGCCUCCCAAUAUGCAUCAAAAUACGAUUGAUCCCGCCGCAAAGUGGCUGGUGCAGAAGUAUGGUGGAACAAGUGUGGGGAAGUUUGUGACCAAGAUCGCAGAAGACAUCUUACCGGAGUACCUAGAUCAACAUAAGGUCGCAAUUGUGUGCUCGGCCCGCUCGGGGUCAACGAAAGCGCUUGGAACCACGAACCUUCUGCUCAGGGCGGCCGCAGAAGCUUUGCAGCGGUCGGGCAGCGUGUCGGACACGCCAGGAACGAUGUCUCCCAGCGGGGUUUUCACAAGACUAACCCAGUAUCAGUCACCGUUCGCAAGCCCGGGUCCAGGGAAGGCAUCGCCAAAAUCGGAGUCGAUUGCCCUUGCUCUGGGAAUGACUUCCAUCACUGAACAACCUCCCUCAUUCAAUACUACUGUCGACGUGAUUCGUUCUGAACACGUCAACGCUGCACGGGCUUCCGUGCGGAAUCCUGAGAUUUUGAAGGACUUGGAGGCCGAGAUAGAGCGAGACUGCGACAUCAUCAGGUCGUUCCUACAUGCAACGCAGGUCAUCGACGAAAUUUCCCCGAGAUCGCGGGAUAGCAUCAUUGGUUUCGGUGAACGCCUCGGAUGUAAGCUCGUUACGGCGGUACUCCGGGACAGGAAUAUUGAUGCUGAGUUCGUCAGCCUGGAAAAUAUCAUCCCGCUGUCGGAGGGGGAUAAUUUCUCAGACUCGGACACCUUACCUCAAGACUUUUACGAUCGUGUGGCGGACCUUGUAGCGGAAAGAAUCAAGGCAUGCGGUAAUCGAGUGCCGGUCGUGACAGGUUUCUUUGGCCCUGUGCCUGGGUCUCUGCUUAGACAGGUUGGGCGGGGAUACACCGAUCUCUUGGCCGCAUUGCUAGCGGCCGGCUUGGGUGCCUCAGAGCUGCAAAUAUGGAAGGAAGUCGAUGGCAUAUUCACUGCGGACCCCCGGAAAGUCCCAACCGCGCGGUUAAUCCCGAUCAUCUCUCCAGAAGAGGCCGCUGAGUUGACGUACUAUGGGAGCGAAGUAGUUCAUCCAUUCACUAUGGAUCAGGUCAUCCGGCGGAAGAUCCCUAUUCGUAUUAAAAACGUCGAGAACCCCAAGGGCGGCGGAACUGUUAUUCACCCCGACCCCGACGUGGACGGGUAUGCCUUACUGAACGGCAAUGACUCCUGUUCCCCUGUCAUUCCCACCACGACCACCGCCGUGUCAAGAGGGCUCACACCCCUGGCAUCACCUCCCUUUGACAAGCACGCCCAGGUCCGUCAGCCGACAGCUGUGACGAUCAAGGAACACAUAAUUGUCCUGAACGUCAACUCGAACAGGAAGAACGUCUCGCAUGGUUUCCUCGCUACCAUCUUCGGCACGCUUGAUCGGUACGGUGUGGUGGUCGAUCUCAUCAGUACAAGUGAGGUGUACGUGUCCAUGGCUAUCGAGGAAAACCUCGACAAAAAGGUACUCGACCGCGUUGUACGUGAGCUCCAAAAAUGUGGUACGGUCACAGUUGUCCGCGACAUGGCUAUCCUCUCCCUGGUCGGGAAGUCGAUGCGGAAUAUGAUCGGUGUCUCUGGACGCAUGUUCACCACGUUGGGUCAGGGCAACGUGAACAUCGAGAUGAUAAGCCAGGGCGCGAACGAGAUCAACAUCUCGUGCGUCAUUGACGGGCGAGACGCCGUCAAGGCCCUCAACCUUAUUCAUCAGAGCUGUCUGCAGAUCAAGCCCGAGGGAGAGCGAGGGAGAGUGGGGCCUUGGCUGUUCUGAAGCCGGUAUCACAAUAGAACGGAACGAGGACGCCUAGCCGUCAGCGUCGCACGCUAGGCGGUCGCAGUACUAGUACCGGACCUUAUCCUUGCAUUACAUACUUACGCGGGCUAGAUCUAGAGAUUCGGUGUGGGGUGUCCAGCAGUCAAAAUCAGAACGUAUUAUACCAUAAC